AAACAAAAAGAGGAAGGACGGUCGCAUCUCUAUGGCAACGACAACUAUCCGUAUAUUAUGCGUUUGUUUGAUUUAAGGCUUAUUAACUUCUCGUGGGAGCUGUUACUUACGAUAUCAGCUGUUUCUUCGUUAACGUUAGUGUCGCUUACAUUUUCAAACGCUGCAAGCGGUCAAACAAAGAAGAAAAUCAACCCGACAACGCAAAAGACAAAAAAUAGCUGCUCUAACCGUGGCUCCCCCAGCUCCAGCUAACGAAAGGUGCUAAUUAGCAAAGCCAACACCGUGUCGUGAAUGUUUGCUACUUACUAAAUAUUAAUGGCAGACUGUUGGAACACAGACACCGGGGACGCUGUUUUUCGGACCCGGGAUGUUGUCAAAAACUUGAAAAUAAAGGUGCGUAUAGAGAGGGUGACCUCCACAGCAGCCUUAUCUCAGCAUCUGCAGCAGCAGGUUCUGUCCCAGCGGGACAGAGGAGCUAUUGAGCUGAAAACCCUCACCUCACAAGGCCAAACAGCAGGUGACAAUGAGGAGGAGCUGGUGGUGGGAUGGCAAGAGAAAUUCUUCAGUCAGUAUGAGAUGGAGCUGUUCCAGAAUGAGGCAGCAUGUCAGACCCCCCUGGACCGUCAGUAUCACGCCGAAGUCAAGGCCCUGAACAAGGCCAAGGGUCGACGAAAUUGCAGGAUUUUCACAUACACUGAUCACGACCGCUACACCAACUGUCUUCCGUUCCACCAACUGCCGUACUCCACUGAGCUACUGAACACAACCAAAUCCAGCCCCACAUUCCUGGCUGAAAGGAUGGCCAGCGUGAGACACAGACGGCAGGACAGACGCACCAUAGACUGUAGUAUCCCUAAGUCCAGGAUCAUCAACUGGGAGCCCACAGAGGAGUUUGUGAAGGGCCGUCAUGUAGUGAAUAAUACCAUGCAGACCAUGCACAUCAUGGGAGACCUGAGUCCCCCUGGAAGGCUGGGCCAGAAAGAGAAUGAAUGUUUACUGGUAACAAUAAAAGCAGAUGGCAGUGGAACAGUCAUUGUAAAGCCUGACUUCAACAAAGGCAAAGAGCCUUACAGGAUUGUGACAGGUGGGGAGAAGAGAGAAGUUUGGCGUCUCACUGUGGAGAAUGUAUCCACAGCCAUGAAACAAGAGGAAAAGGAGAGGGAGCAGAACAUGUACAAAGAUCUGUAUGUACGACACAAGGAGUACCUCAACAGCCUCGUUGGACAGGACUUUGAAAUGCCUCCUGUAGGUGUUCUGCGUUACCUGAUGAAUGGAGAGAUUGUCUCGGCCAAAGGUUUUGAGUAUGAUAACUUAUACAUCCACUUCUUCAUGGAACUGCCCAACAAUUGGUCCAGCUUGCCGUUUCAGUGUCUGUCAGGGGUUACCCAGACCUGCCGGACCAGAACAUCAGGGAAGGACAGUGUAGCUUUCUUCAGUUACCCCUUCAGCUUUGAGGCUUUCUACAUGUGUGAAAAAGAGAGCGAAGAGUCAAUUCCCCAGUGGCCGGUGCUCUACUUUAAGGUUCUUUCUCUGGACUCAUGGCAGCGCUAUCGAACUGAAGGCUACGGCUACCUGCUUUUUCCUGCCAUGCCUGGUAAACAUACAGUAACAUGCCAUACAUGGAGACCCCUUCAGACAGGGACGGUCUCUGCACUGAGGCGCUUCUUUAUUGGAGGAUCUCCGGAGCUUGAAGACCACAGCUACGUCAGGAUACCAGGGACCUUCAAGGGAGAGAGGCUGAGUCGCUUUGGCUUCUGCACCGAAACCACAGGAAGCGUCACCUUUAAUUUGCACUGCGUCCAGCAAUCCAGGGCCUUUGUUGAUGCCAACAUGUUGAAGAAGAGGAGGCAGAAAGUUUUCGACCAGCUGGGAGGAUUUAGUCAGCAAGGAGCUGUUGGUACCAUCCUGGAGGCCUUCCAGAGAGCCAGGAGAAAGAUGCAAGAGGCUCGAGAAACUCUUCCCCGAGAUCUCAUCAGCACCACCUCCCAGCUUCAGAUUGAAUCCUCUGCAUAGAUGUGAAAAACCGUGAAGAACUGUCACUCUGCCAGACAUACUGUUUUGAGUCUGAGAAUAGAAGCAACAUGACCAGCAAGUGUAUACCAGUUUCCGGUUAAAAUAUUGCACAAUUACUGCGACAGAAGGUCCUGCCUCUGAUCCGAGCUGCCAUCAAAGACUGGCUGGUGCCCUUGACAUAUAAAACUCAAGAGGUCUCUAAUUACUGUUUAAUUGUAAGGUUUAUCCAAGUUGUAUGCAGACUCUAAUCAAAGAAGUGUACCGUUCAGAUUUUCCUAUCCAUGAUGUUUAUGCCAGUUAUUUCCAGGUAUUACAUUUUGACUGGAGAAAAUUAAAAUUCAAGAUGUUGUCAA